CUGACGUCAUUUCCGAUUUACGCGCUGGAGAUAAACAAAACCUCCACGUGGUUCAGCUGAGGUUAAAGCCUACGGUAUGCUUUGUUUUGUUGCUGGUUGUAAUCACCAGGGACUGAGGGAAGCCUGCAGUUUUUUCAGAUUUCCCCAGACUCAUCUUAAACAUUGGGAAAAGCUGUGCAGGAGGAAAGACAGAAGAGUCAACUCUUCAGACAGAAUUUGUAGCUGUCACUUUAAAGACGGCAGGAAGGAAAAUGGUCCUACAUUGUUUCCUUGGAACCAGGGCACUUAUUUUGACUUUCCAAAUCCAAAUAAAAUUUCACGACAGUGCAGGCAAGCUGAGAUUGGUGAAUCUGCAGAACCCGAGACAAAUGAAAGUAUACUUACAGACACAGAGCCUGUGGUUGAAAAUGAGGUUGCUGAUGAGGAGCAUAAUUACAUGCAGUCUUAUUCAUCCCUAGUAUUAGAAAUCAAGGAACUGGAGAAGCAGAUAGCAUAUUUGCAGACAGAAAUAGCAACUCUACAGUCACAGAAGCACCCUUUAACAGUUGCAAAUGUCAUCGACAAUGAGCAGAAGAUGUUGAUGUACACCUCAUUGAAACCGCAGAUGUUUAGGAUCAUCGACUCAACCUUACAGCGAUUUCCUUUGGUAUACGUGGAUGGUUGGACUCCAAGUGCAUUUUCAAGGACGGACCAACUUUUCAUGACAUUAAUGAAACUUAAGCUGAACUGUCCCUUCCUUGACCUUGCAGAACGCUUUUGUACCAGCAAAGCAACCAUUCAUAAUAUCAUCAUUACCCAUGUCUUUGCUCUGCAUGAAGUUUUUUUUAAGGUAUGAUGGAAAAUAACAUUCCUUCACUUCUUAAGUGCAAGGCUUCAAUGCCAGCAAGUUUUGGAGAUUUUAACUGUUGUCGCCUUGUGAUUGACGCCACUGAGGUUACACAGGAUGUUCCCGGUCAGGACAUGACAGCCCAGUCACAGACCUACAGUUCCUACAAAAAUAGACAUACUGUGAAGUCUGUUACUGGUGUUGCUCCUAAUGGAGCCGUUGUGUACGUAAGCAAACUAUAUCCUGGCAGCACCUCAGAUGUUGCUAUAGUAAAGCAUAGCAACAUGCUUGCCAAGUUAUCCCCAGGAGAAAUGAUUUUGGCAGACAAAGGGUUUACGAUCCAUUCUCUUCUCCCUCAGGGUAUUCAUCUGAACAUCCCUCCCUUCCUUAAAGAUAAAGGCCAGUACACCCCAGCAGAAGUCUAAGUCUGCAGGAAGAUAGCGAGGUCAAGAAUCCAUGUUGAGAGAGUGAAUGAGCGGAUAAAAAACUUUGAAAUUCUGUCACACAUUCCUCAGCAAUUCCGCCACAUUAGUACUAAGAUUUUUCAAGUAUGUGCUAUGCUUGUAAACUUUCAAAAUCCCAUGAUUGCAGAAAUUGCAAAUAAUUACAGUUUUGAUCAGUGAAUUUAUAUGUCAUUAAAUGUUUAUAAAUACCCCCAUCAAUCUUAAUGGAUUUUCUUUAUUUAAUAAGUCUGAU